AUGAGUCUAAUCAUGUCGGAGCCACAACUGGCGACUGCUCCAGAUGAGAAAGAUCUGGAGAAUCGGAAGCACUCAUCCACCUACAGUAUCUCGAAUCUACUUCUCGAGAAGAAAGAAUCCAGUCCAUCUCGAUCGAGCAGUUCGAGUGAAGAUGAUUCAUCAAGUAGUAAUGAUGAAGAUCCACGGAGUCCAUCCUCUGAAACUGCUGCAUCUUCAUUCAUGUUUGCACCAACAUCCUCGUCUUCCUCAUCUGAAAGUGCCACGUCACCAACUCAAAUCAUGGCUCAAUUGAUGGCUAAUGGAAAUGGAUCGGUGGAUCCGAGUCUUCAGGCCUACUUCUUCCUUCUCCACCAACAAUUGAACAGUCAAUCAAUGAUAAACCGAGUGACACAAGAGAACGUAAGCCGCACUCUGAACUCAUUCAAUUUGCUUGGCAACCUCACCGGAGCCCUUCCAUCACUUUCUCCGAUGAGCCGUCUCCAACAUUCAAUGCAAUUGUCACCGAACUCUCUUAAUAUGCAGAAGAAACAAAGCAGACCCACAUUUACUGGCCAUCAGAUCUACCAAUUGGAGAGAAAAUUCGAGCAAACCAAGUAUCUUGCUGGAGCAGAUCGAGCACAACUUGCACAGGAACUCAAUAUGAGUGAGAGUCAGGUCAAGGUCUGGUUCCAAAACCGUCGUACAAAAUGGCGUAAGAAGGAGGCAGCAGACAAUGCUCUCGUGAAACGUGGAGCCAGCGGGGACAAGUCUCCGUGCUCUUUGAGCCCAUUCCUCACUGGAAUCUAG